CACAAACAGACACAUUACAGCGAAAUAGGGAGAGCAAGAGAGGGGUAGAUCUGAGCUUCUGCCGCUUCAUGUCUGAUUUUCAGAACCUGAUCAUGAAUAUAUCGAGAGGAUUCAACUGAAUUUGUCGCUCGGAUCUGUGAAGGGGUCAAAGCGAAACCUCCCCCCCGUGGCGUACGGAUAUUUUUGGAAAGCUGACAUUUCAAAUCAUCAUUACAGGAAAAAAAUUGGAUACUAUUAUUAUUUACUGUUUGUUUGAGGAGAGACAGGGAUUUGAACAUGGGAUGUUUAGGCAACAGCAAGACAGAGGAUCAACGCAUCGACGAGAAGGCGCAAAGAGAGGCGAAUAAGAAGAUCGAGAAACAGUUACAGAAAGAGAGACAGGCGUACAAAGCAACGCAUCGUCUACUCUUAUUAGGCGCUGGGGAAUCCGGGAAGAGUACUAUAGUCAAACAGAUGCGGAUCCUGCACGUCAACGGUUUUAACGCAGAAGAAAAAAAGCAAAAAAUUUUAGAUAUCCGGAAAAAUGUGAAGGAUGCAAUUGUGACAAUAAUAUCUGCAAUGAGCACCUUAACGCCUCCUGUGUCAAUCGCUAACCCAUCCAAUCAACCUAGAGCAGAGUACAUCAAAAGUAUAGCUCCACUCUCAGACUUUGACUACACAGAGGAAUUCUUUGAACAUGCAAAGCAUCUAUGGGAUGAUGAGGGUGUGAAGGCCUGUUUUGAGCGCUCGAAUGAAUAUCAGCUCAUAGACUGUGCACAAUACUUUCUGGAAAGAAUCGAGUCUGUUCGACAGAAUGACUACACUCCUACAGACCAGGAUUUACUGAGAUGUCGUGUAUUAACUUCAGGGAUUUUUGAAACUCGAUUUCAAGUGGACAAAGUAAAUUUUCAUAUGUUUGAUGUGGGAGGUCAGAGAGACGAGAGGAGAAAAUGGAUUCAGUGCUUUAAUGAUGUGACUGCCAUCAUCUUCGUAGCAGCCAGUAGCAGUUAUAACAUGGUCAUAAGGGAAGACAACAGCACCAACCGGCUGCGCGAGUCUCUCGAUCUCUUCCGCAGCAUCUGGACUAACAGGUUUUUAAGGACCAUUUCAGUAAUCUUGUUCCUCAACAAGCAGGACAUGCUUGCCGAAAAGAUCCUGGCAGGAAAAUCUAAACUUGAAGAUUAUUUUCCAGAGUAUGCUCGCUACACACUUCCCCCUGAAGCGACCCCUGACCCAGGAGAAGAUCCGAAAGUGUCCAGGGCAAAGUUUUUUAUCCGAGAUGAAUUCUUGAAAAUCAGCACAGCAAGUGGCACAGACAAGCACUACUGCUAUCCUCACUUCACCUGCGCUGUGGACACUGAAAACAUUCGCCGUGUAUUCAAUGACUGUCGUGACAUUAUUCAAAGGAUGCACCUACGCCAGUAUGAACUGCUGUGACUGGCUUCUCCGUCCAACACCUUUCCAGUCCUACAUCACAUGGGCUCUUUGAAAACUACUGAAGAGUGACAUUGUUUUUCCUUUUUUUCCGUUUUUCACUUAUUUGCAUUUUAUUUAUUUAUUUAGUCCACAUAUAGUCUUUAUCUGAGGAGGGGAAUGAAUGUGUGUAUAAGAUGAAAAUGUUAUUUUAUGUUCGUAUAACAUCCAGGUUGUUCAUUCUUUUCAAAGAUGUUUUAUUGUUUUUUAGCAAUGUCUGGCUUUAGAUUAGAUGUAUUAGAUCUGAUUAGACCGGCUGACAUAGCGUAAACCUCUGGUGACCUCUGACUUGUGCCAGUGUGGUCUAAUCUUCGACUUUUUCCCUUCAUCGAAUGAAGGGGAUAUUAGAGUACUUGACAAAGAGGUAAAGGAUUCAAUUAAAGGUUUAAUGAAGCACUUUGCAUUUGUUUCCUAUAUGGAGACAAGAGGCAAAUUACCAAUGUAGCACCUCUUUAUUUAUCUUUUUUUUUUUCUGUAAAACAUGCAAAGAGGACUUUAGGGCUAGAUAGAGUUUUUAAUCAACUAUAGAGCACAGUGCUUGGUUAGGGGCUGGGUCUUGUGGGAUUUGCAUUUUUCUUCAGCGGGUGAAAGCGUCUUACCAUCUUUGGGAGAAAUGCCACUGGCCAGCCAGUGCCUCGUUUAGCUUAGGGCCCCCCUAUUCGGGAGGUCAUCCAAAUACAGAUAUAAAGAUAAACAAUAUAUUUUUAGUGUGGGCGGGGUUGCUAUGUUAAUCCUAACUAACUGCAAGAUCACUCUCUUGUACAGGACUGCAAAAUGUUAUUUUGUAUAACUUCAACAAGAAAGACAAAUCUUUGACUUGUAGAAGCUCAUUGUGCCUUUGAAUAUGGCUGUACCUGUAAAUGAGGAUCAAAUAUUUGUGAUUGGACAGUGCUGUACAGCUUGAUGUCAAAUCUUACACGCAGCACAGAGUGCUGACAGAAAAAUCUGUUUUUAGAUUGAGUUUUUCUGGUUUCUAAAACUACUUAAAAAUGUCUUUUAUUAUAAAAUGAAGAAAGUUUUGGCAAAAAAAAAAAAAGUAAUUUUUUUAAAAUAUGCAAAAAUAACCACUUUGUUCUGAAACUGCAAAUACAGUACGUCUUAAAAUUUAUUUUUGCCAUUUAACAGAUUCAGCUUUAAAAACAUUGGAAAUCUUUUUCAAAUUUCCAAAAUUUUGACCUGCUGUUGUUUCACAUUGGGUGAAUUUUUAGAAAGCCUUGUAUAUGCUGGCUGUACACAGGGUUGUGCUGGGGAAGGCUGUAGAUAUGUGGGAUUGAGUGUGUACGCAUACACGUGCAGAUAUAGCACAUAUACUGUACAUCUGCAUUCUAUGUGUACAUAUACAUUUAUAAAAACAAUGAAACAGAAUUCUAUAAAUAUAUAUGUACAAUUGUUCAUAAUAAUAUGUGUGCCUAUAUGUAUACAUAUUCUUGAAUGUUUAGCGAGGUUGUAUGCAUAGAUAUGCAUAAAAAGCAAAAUAAUAAAAUAAGAUAAAACAUAGAAAGUAUGAUGAGGUUAGACUGGCCAUCCUGAUCAUGUGCUGACUGCUGGAAUUGUGAAUGUGAACAAUUCACCGUUCACCAGUGAGGAGAUUAUUCUAAGUCAAAGAAAUAUUGCAUCCAAUAAUUCUUUUUAUUCCAUUGUUUGUUUGGAACUAUACAGAAAUAAUUGCAUGGAAAUUGUUCAUUUUUCAAAAGAUAUAUAAACAGCAUGCAGAUUUGAAACAACAUGAGGCUGAGUAAAUUAAAGAACUUGCUCUUUAAAUACAUUGCAAGUGACUGCCUCCAUUACUAAUAUUUCAAAUGUACACUCUUGUUCAUUUACCUUGCCCCAUAACUUGUUGAUCUGGAUUGUUGACUGUAUUCUCUUGCAGUUCACUUCUCGACAGUGUGUAAUGUCACUUUUGGCUGUGAGUGACUGUAACACUGCUAGAUAGGCUUUAUUCUCUUUACUCUUCUCUGCAGCUUUUAGAUGUUUAAAUUUGCUUCAGAAACUAAACAUGUGACAAUGAAGACAACUUUAUUAUAAAAUAUGUUUGUGUCUGGCCUUCAAGAUUUAAGAUUCUUCUUUUUUUAUUUAUUUAUUUUGUUAAUCGGGCACAUUAGAAAACUUUGGUCUUUGUUUAGAAUGGCAAUGUGGGAAGUGUAAUUUUGAAAAUAAAAUACCUUUAAAAGCAA